GGGGCAAUCCGCAGUUGGGCACGCACUCACGUAGCGCUGAAGUCAGAAAACCCAUGUAAAAAGUCCCUUAUAACUAAGUUAAUAAAUUAAUUAUCAUAAAAGUAGAAAAAUGAGCCCCUCAAUCAGCGCGGAAGACAAGCUAGACUACGUAAAGAGCAAGAUUGGCGAGUAUCCGAACUUCCCAAAGGAGGGCAUUCUGUUCCGCGACAUAUUCGGAGCCCUCACCGAUCCGAAGGCCUGCGUGUACUUGCGGGAUUUGCUAGUGGAUCACAUCCGGGAAAGUGCGCCCGAGGCGGAGAUCAUCGUGGGACUGGACUCGCGGGGCUUUCUCUUUAAUCUCCUCAUAGCCACCGAGCUGGGCCUGGGAUGUGCUCCGAUUCGCAAGAAGGGCAAGCUGGCGGGAGAAGUUGUUUCCGUGGAAUACAAGCUGGAGUACGGUAGUGAUACCUUCGAGCUGCAAAAAUCCGCCAUUAAGCCGGGCCAGAAAGUCGUUGUCGUAGAUGAUUUGCUAGCCACAGGUGGUUCCCUGGUGGCCGCCACCGAACUCAUCCGCAAGGUGGGUGGCGUUGUCGUGGAGAGCCUGGUGGUCAUGGAACUAGUUGGACUGGAGGGUCGCAAAAGGCUGGAUGGAAAAGUGCAUUCCCUCAUCAAGUACUGAGAGUUAAUCGAAUUGUGACGAAGCCUUCCAAACACUUGCAUUUACCUAUUCAACUAGCGAAUUUUUAUGAAAACUUUGAAAUGUCAGAUUUUUACGAGACAGAUGCGUAUUUUUAUAACGAAAUAUAUUUGUCACUGAUAACAGAA